CACCUGUGUGUGUGUUUACUGCAACACCAGGCCUUUUAAGAAUGUGGUUCAGUGGUUGCUUUUAUUUGUCUUAAUUUCGGCAUCAAAUAUUCAAUUUGAUAAAAUGUAUUAACUGCUAUAACUUUAGUUUUUAGAUUUCUUUUUUAUGUCACCCAUUUAAACGCACGCAGUUUUAAUGACCCCCUCCCUGCACACACAUUUAAUGUUUAAUCUAAGUGUAAAUUAGUUAUUUUUGGCAAAUACCCGUGUCUUGACACAGGAGGGCAGUGUUACUUUGAAAGCCUUUAUUUUCAUUUUAGUUUGUGAGCUCUGUCAAUACGUCUGUUCUAGGAAAUAGUAAAAAGUAAUAUUUAGUAAAGAACAGAUUAUUAUAAGUACCUAACACAGUUAGAUCAGACAGAUUGAGGUGUGUUUUCUUUAUCAAUCUGAUGAAUGUAUGUUUAAGAUGUGAAAAAUGACUGCGUGGACCACGUGAUGGCUCAGUGGUUUCACAUGGAUUACAUGACUAAUGCCAGACUGUAUAUAAGAGUCGAAACGAGUGGUUUCAGUUUUUUUUAAAUCGACUCCUGAAGGUGUGUCCUGGUUUUAUUGUUACUACUACGGCAUGCGGGAUGGGCCAAACUCGCUCGGGUCUAUCGCACAGCGCCGCCCCGGCUGGCAGAACGAAGAGGAAAGCGGACGAGUCAGCUCAUCUACCGCUUUGUGUCCACCGACGUAGGAGCGAAGAGAAGCGACUGAGUGGCCAUUCGAGCACUAAGCCGAUGAAAAAUAAAGUGCUGUUGUGUCUGGGAAGGAGAAAGAGAGACUCCGGGCAAACAGAAGCUGAUUGCGGUGGCGGAAACACGGCCCCAGCGACGACGCGCUGCGAGCACAGAGUGGGAAAGUUGCCGAGGGACGCGGUGGUGUCAGCGGCGGAGGAACAGCGGUCAGUCCAGGUUUGUUUGGGAACACCAAACGGCCUGGAUGACCAUAUAGACUUUAAUCGAGGCAUCGUCAUCGUAGAACCAACGUCUGGCUCCUCUGAUGAGUUUGGUUCUGACCAGCGGCCUGGUGAAGUCGGCGGUGCGGGCAGCGAGGAUCCCAAACCCGUGCGGGGGGACAAUGCCUCGGAUUCCCCAGCAAGGGCCAUGGAAGAGCAACCACUGGGAGGAAGCAUCGAGGAUCGUAUCAAGCCUGAGGUUCGAUUUUUAACGCGGUCUUGUCCCAAUACACCUACGUCGUUUACCCCUGACCCGGACUUUCAGCAGACUUUGACUCCCUCGCUGUUGGAUCAACCUUUGGACAGAGAGCUGUCGAUAACGAAGGAGCAAACGGAGACAGAAAUGACAAAAACGGACCUCAGUACCGCCUCGUGUCCGCCUUUAGCGGUGGUUGAUCAAAACAACUGCUGUGGUGAAGAAAGCAAUCGCAGUAAGGACUCUGUCCAGAACCACCGAGGAACACCCAGUUUCCCGGGAACCAUACCGAAACUUAUCAUAACCAGGGAUCCCAGCCCGAGCCGCUCACAGGGGAACUCGCCGCAGCUGACCGUCCCCACGGACGUCAGCUCGUGUCUGGAACCCCAUGCUGAUGUCGAAUCCCCCUGCUCAGACAGCGGCUGCGGGGGCUCUCCAGCCCUGAUGCGAUCACUGAGGAAAAUGUCCAACUCGUCCUCCAUCGGUCUGUCCUCGGCGUCUUCAUUUGAGGAGUCUGAGGACGAUUUCACAGGCAGUGAUAUCGAAUCCAGUUUGUCUCCUGCCCGGUCCCUGUGCAGUCCAGAUGAUGGUCCAGUGAAUAGGUCCUGGCAGAAGCUGAAGACCAUGGUUCACUGGUCUCCCUUUGUUGUGUCCUUCAAAAAACGUUACCCAUGGGUUCAACUGGCUGGCCAUGCAGGUACUCGCCCAUACACAGUCUGUACAGCAUUAACAGGGCCUGCCAGAGGGUUAAACCAGUGGUUCUCAAACUAUGGUAACUUCCAGGCCGGGGAGAACGGACGCUUGUUGAAGCGAUACUGUGAGUGUGAGCAGCAGUGUCUACAGAAACUGAUGAAGGACACUCUUCGUCCCUAUGUGCCUGGUUACUACGGUGUUGUCCAGAGGGACGAGCAGGACUACAAUGUGAUGGACGACCUGCUGGCCGACUUUGAGUCGCCCUCCAUCAUGGACUGUAAGAUGGGCAGCAGGACAUAUUUGGAGGAGGAGCUGGUCAAAGCCAGAGAGCGGCCACGUCUUCGGAAGGACAUGUACGAGAAGAUGGUAGCCGUGGACCCCGGCGCCCCCACAGAGCAGGAGAAGGCCCAGCAGGGCGUCCUCAAGCCCAGAUACAUGCAGUGGAGAGAGACGCUCAGCUCCACGGCCACUCUGGGCUUCCGCAUCGAAGGCAUUAAGAGAGCUGAUGGAACAUGCAACACCAACUUCAAGAAAACUAAGCAGAGGGAGCAGGUGAUGGAGGCUCUGAAGGACUUUGUCGAUGGAAACAUUCAGAUCCUGAAACUCUAUCUGCAGCGUUUAGAGGACCUUCGCUCAGUCCUUGAGCAGUCGCACUUUUUCAAGACACAUGAGGUUGUGGGCAGCUCUCUGCUCUUUGUGCAUGACGCCUCUGGAAAGGCCAAAGUGUGGAUGAUCGACUUUGGGAAGACGGUUCCCCUGGUGGAACCUCAGACCCUGGACCACAGGAGUCCCUGGGUGGAGGGCAACAGGGAGGAUGGCUACCUGUGGGGACUGGACAACAUCAUAGACAUUUUCAACAGUAUGCUCCCGCAGACACCUUAAAAAAAGACAGAGACUCCAGACAGAGUUUUUUUUGAGAGUUUGGUCCAUUUCUUAAAUGGUAGACAAAAUGCAAGAUCAGACGAUUCAGAGGGCAUGAAGAGAAAGGGAGCCUAAAGGAAGUGAUUGUUAUGGUUUGAUCCAAGUGUCUUGAACCUCUCACACCUGUGUACAAAGAGGAAGAAAACAAGCACACAUUUUUUUACAUCCAAGUGGAACACAUGCCAAAUGUAAAUGCUGUGCAUUAUGGUCCAUUCCUAGAAGUUGGACAUGGAUAAGUUGGGGACUGUUAGUUGGUAAGGUGGCAUAAGAGACACGGAGGGACAAUAAUAACAGUCCCUGGACUGUAAAAAUAGGAUUUCCUGCUUUCACAGACCACUUUUUCUGCAGUUCCAUGGGUAAUCACUCAUCACUCAGCUUCCUCCUCGCCAGCUCCCUCUACUGGCUAGAGUUGCACAGAACACUCAGGUGGCCUUGAAUUCAUUGUGGACGUUUUGAAGCUGUUUUAACAAAACUGGAGUUUGGUAACUAGAGAUUUAUUUGUGUCAAGGACCACGUUUGAUGUUUGACUACACAACAACACUAAAACACUGGUCAGACCACGUGUUAACUAACUCGAUCUGUAUAUACUAUUUUAUUUAAUUAACCUUUUUUGGUCUUGGUAUAUUCUCAUUGUUUAUACAAUUUCUGUGCCUAGCAAUUUUUUUUAGAAUGAGAAUGAGCUGUUGGAUCAUUCCAGUCAUGUGGACUCCUGAUUUAUUUUUUCAGCCCAAGUAUAAACAUAUACACAUCUAAUCCCAGUGCUUUAUACUCAUAUUUGGAAUUUUUUUAUGCAGGGAAUUCAGUUAUUUUCCGACGAUCAGCUUGGCGUCCAGGUUUGUCAGGUAGUCGUUGCACUAUCAAUUCUCACAAAGCCAUUGAAGAAAAAAAAAAUGAAGCAGUGCCUCAGUGUGUCUUAAAUUGGGAAGCAGCAGCAGCAGCAACACUGGAAUCCUGGGUUUACAGAUAAAAACAUAGCUGUCAAAGAUUUCUUGAAUCUCAUGGCUCUCUGAUCGCAGUAGCCUUACAUUUGUUGUGAGCUUUUCAAGUCAAACAGCUGUAGUGUUGAAGCGAAAAUGAAGCUGGAAUUUCCUGAUCUGUUUUUAGUCCAUUUGCAGGAUGUCACAAAUAGUGUGAAGUGAUGAAAAGAUGACAUCAGCCAUAUCAGAUUAUAGUAACUAAAACUUAACCUCAUAUUGCUCACAUAACAUUUGGGUUUUGCUUUCUUGUCUGUAAAAAUCAAGAGUUUACAAUAUUAGCUCACUUUUUACAUGCGGGGCUUUUGACAACGAUUCCUGGACUGAAAGGUCACAGGUCAGUCAACAUGAUGGUCUUCCAGAUAGUUGUCAUUCAGCACUGUGUGUGUAGAGAGUGACAGAUGACUUGAUUACACAAAAUUGGAAUUAAAGUUCAGCCCCUGUACUCAUCUUAAAAACACAAACUGGAAGAAAGAAAGAAAAAGAAAAAAAAACUAUGUUUACAAAGUACGGUAUUUAUUUUCCAACGAAUCCUCUAUGUUUGUAAAAUACCAAAUCUUUCAGGUUUUCCUACUGGGUGCUGUUUAAGCAGAGACUGGAUUUUUAUUGUAGCCAAACAUGUAAAACACAUUUGUGAGAAGUGUUGAUAAAUCCCUGCUUUGUUGAGAAGGUCAUGGGUGGCAAUAAACUGGAAAUUAAGAUUUUU